CCUGGUUUGGAUGCUGAAGGCUGCUUUCUCCAACCAGGUUGUCUUCCAUGUGUCGCACGAGGCGGAAGCAGGCUGUCUGAGGCCCCUGGGCUGCUCGGGCAAAUACCGUGAAGUGGAUUGGGUUCAGCAGUGGGAAUUUGUUCCCUCAUGGCUUGAGGCUGGGAGAUGCUUUCUCCCGAAGACGGUGGCGCGCUGGGCUGGCUGCGGCGAUCCUUGGUCCCGGGCUCCUCUGUCACAUGGAGGAAGCCUGGCUGAGCUUCAUACAAGACCGGCUCACCCAGAAACGAGCCCGCCACCCUCACCUCCUCUCCGGCAGUGCUGCGGGCAGAGGGCAGUUGUGGAUUCCCUCCGGGGCGGUUGGCAGGCAGGCACUGCGUUCUCGGACAUGGCUCUCCCGCACGCCCUCCUCCUGGCUGGGGUCCUGGUGGAAGUUGCCGGCAAGUCCACAGAAAGUGCGGCCCAGCGGCCGGAAUGCUGUGUGGACGAGGCGGAUGCCAACGCAACCUGCCCGGGUGCAGGCCUGUGCGGCCCAGGCUGCUUCCCGGCCCGCGGCGAGGACGGCGGUGUCCACUGUGUGCGGUGCGGCAACGCGACCCUCCCGGCCGCCCACGACAGCGCGGCGUGCGGAAGCCCUGCUGACCGGGGGGUGCCCUUCCCCGUGGACCGGAGCACGGGGCCGCCCGGGCCGCCCAGUCCCGACGGCCCCCGCGUGGCAGCCCCCCUCCUCCUGGGCACCUUCCUCAUCAGCUCGGGGCUCAUCCUCGCGGUGGCCGCCUUCUUUUACCUCAAGCGCACCCGGAGGCUCCCCGGCGCCUUCUACGGAGGAGACAAAGCACCGGCCUUGCAGCCUAGCGAAGCCGUAAGUAAACCUGCCCAUCCAUGUCCCCACAACGGAGCGAGUGGUCUUGCUGGGGGCACAGCCCUGUCCUGGGGUCCUCACGGGGCCUUUCUCUCCCUUCAAGGCCGCCAUGAUCCCCCUGCCUCAGCCCUCAGUUCGGAAGCCACGCUACGUCCGACGCGAGCGGCCGCCCCACAGGCCCGCAGACCCUGUGGCCGUCUCCGCAGUGGAGGCCCGCGUCAGCAGCGUCUAGUGGGGAGGCUGCAGGGCCAUGUCCACCGCUGACCCCGCGAGCUGUGCAGGCCGCCUGGGGGAGCCUCGACCCUGGCCCUGGGUGUGCCCGGCUGCGGGGGUGGAGGCAGCCAGUGUCCCCCAGGCUCGCCCAGGCUCGGGUGGGCAGGUGCAGAGCCCAAAGGCCUUCCUUUCCCACCCAGCUCCGUUUGCUGACUGGGAGGGCGUCCAUGGGGCCUGAGGGUGCCCCGGAGAAGGCCAGCGGGGGAGAGGCCCCCAGGCGGCUCUGCGGGCAUCGCUGGAAGACCAGUUUCUUUCUUCACUGUCGGGGCCCUGUAUUUGAGCGGAAAUGCGUUUUUGUAGAGAAGUAUGUCGAGGCACCGCCGUCCUUGUUGGGCCCCUCCACGGUGCUCCCCCACUUCUGACCAGAUGGGAUCCCCAUCCAGCCGGAGCAGCCCAAGCCCCGGCCGCUGGCCACAGGCGCCGCAUCCUCAGCGUGCUGCACCCCUGGUGAGGAGGACCCGGCCCCCUCCCCGGCCUCGGGCCCUGGGCUGGACACGGGGUCCACAUCCAGAGAGGCCCGGUGGCCGUUUGGCGUCGGCAUGGGCUGCAGUCAGCUGACCUCCCCACGGUCCCGUGGCUCCGUGCACCAGAACGUUCUGUCCAGAGUUUAUUUUUAUAUUGCUGUUUUCAGUGCACUUGGUUGCCGAGUUUGGGGCCAGCUGGGGCCAUCCAGGAGCAGAUUAUGGGCGUGUGUUUUACACUUGGUGUCAAA